AUGCUGCCCAGGUUAGCUCAGGCCACGAGCCUGCGCCUCGCUGCCACUCGGGCUAUGCCCAUUGCCCGAGCGCGACCCGCAUUCGCCAUCUCGCCAAUGCUGCGAGCCUACUCUCAGAACAAAAAUAACAGCCCACUCGACCAAAGUGGCAAACCAGACCAGUCCGCCGACUCCAAAUCGACGCCCUCCCAAUCCGAAUCCUCGCAAGCCACACCCUCCGAGUCGAGCAAGGCCCCCGAGACUCCUGCCGAGGAAGAGCCAAUUCCAUUCCACAAGCUGCCCGACUUGACCCAGGGUAUUCCCUCUACGUUCGAACAUGAGAAGCGAGGUUCCACCAAGGAUACCGUCACCUCGGCCCUGCAGGCUGUCGACCAAGAACAGUAUGAGAGGCGAGGUGGUGGCCAGCGCGACUCCUACGUAUCGACCAGCGACCGUAACCGACGAUGGUGGACCCGAUUCCUGCUAUUCACAGCUGGAGGUGGCUCCAUCGCCAGUGCGCUCUACCAAGGCCGCGACUGGGAAGACGAAAUCCAAGUUAGGCGCCACCCCGACAUUCCCAAUGGCAUCUCUCCCGCUCUAUGGUGGCAGCGCGCCAAGGCUCGUCUCUCCGAGUCUAUGUCAUACUACCAAGAUCCCGAAUUCGACAAGCUUCUUCCUGAUCCCGACCCAAGCUUCGAGCGCCCAUACACAUUGGUUCUGAGUCUCGACGAUCUGCUCAUCCACUCCGAAUGGACUCGACAGCACGGUUGGCGCAUUGCCAAGCGACCUGGGUUCGACUACUUCAUCCGCUACCUAAGCCAGUACUACGAAUUGGUUCUCUUCACCACCACUCCCUUCGGUAUGGGCGAGCCUGUUCUCCGAAAGCUUGACCCAUUCCGAUUCAUCAUGUGGCCUCUGUGGCGUGAAGCCACCAAGUUUGAGAAUGGUGAAAUCGUCAAGGACCUCUCUUACCUCAACCGUGACUUAUCCAAGGUCAUCAUCAUUGACACCGACUCCAAGUACGUCCGCAAGCAACCUGAGAACGCCAUUGUCCUCAAGCCGUGGAAGGGAGACCCCAGCGAUACCGAUCUAGUUGGUCUCAUCCCCUUCCUCGAGUAUAUCCACACCAUGCAAUACACCGACGUCCGCAAGAUUCUCAAGUCCUUUGACGGCAAGCACAUCCCCACCGAGUUCGCCCGUCGCGAGGCCAUUGCCCGCAGAGAGUUCGAGGCCCAACAAGCCGUUCAAAAACACAAGAAGCAUGUUCCCUCUGGUUUCGGAGCGUUGGGUGGCCUGCUUGGACUCGACGCCAAGCACCUCUCGAUGGGCCCCGAGGGCGAGAUCAACCCCAGCCAAGCGUUCGCCCAGGGCAAGAUGCUCCAGGACAUUGCGCGUGAGCGGGGACAGCGCAACUACGAGGAGCUCGAGAAGCAGAUCCGGGAGAACGGCGAGCAGUGGCUGAAGGAGGAGAAGGAGGCCAUGGAGAAGGCCCAGAAGGAGAUGAUGGAUAGCAUGUUCGGCUCCUUCGGCGGCAUGUUCAUGGGCAAGAAGCCUGAGGAACCCAAGAAGGAGUAA